AGUAGCUUCCUCUAAGUAGAGGUAUCCGUUCCGCCAUGCGCGUAGGAUGGCUCUAAGAAGCCUGAACCGACCACAAGUGCUGCUCAGUAGAAUGCCGACGUUCGCGACGGUUAAACGCUUUUCCGCUUAGCUUGCGCGUGUGCCUUGCCAGUUCGAAAAAUUGUGCAAUAUUUUGAUUGAACUGUGGGAUUGAAUAAAAAAUUAGUGCGAAUUGUAAAAACACAAGUUGUGAUUUGAAAAUUUUUAGAAAAAAGAAUCAGUGUUAUCAGAGCAAGCCAAUAUUUCGUGAAAUGUGUAUUUUUCAAUAAUUAAACUAAAGUAAAAAAAAAAGAUCAAUAUUUAACGCAAGCAAACGCCACAAUGACUGCCGAGUCAUUGAAACCGUUUUUGAGUGCACCGAAUGCAAUGGAAAACCUGCCCCAGGAAUGUGUGGAUAAGAAGUCGGCGAAAAGGUAUCUGCUUAUCUGCGCCUUUGUGGUCCUGCUUGGGCUGACUAUUUCCGUUGUCGGACUGGAGAUAUGGAACACCGACAGGAUCUCAACCCUUCGAGAGGAGAUCGACAGCCUGAAGCAGCAAAUGCAUGAACUGCGCCAUCUACAGACCAUAGAGAACUUGGAAGAGUUUAGCGAAUUCGAGGAAGCGUAUGACUCCAACGAAGUUCCUCCCGGCUCGGAUGAGUACGGCGACAUGGGCGAGGAGAACGACGCUGAAAUUGAGGAGGGGAGCACCAGUAUUUUUGGCAUUCCGGAUUCCUUUCCCAGUGACGACAUGGAAACUGAAAUUAGUGUCCAAAGCACUUCCAACACGAUCGAUGGCAAACGUAAAGCUCGUUCCAUCAGCGGUAUGACUUAUCAGGGUGUGCCAAUUCUCGAAGAAUCUUACAUGAAUCGACAUAAUCGAAGCCGGCAUCAUCAGCAGUUCCAGCAGCAACGCCAGCGCCACCACGGCGAACCACAGUACCAACAGAUGCGACAAAGAGAAGAAGAAACAGCCCCUCCCCCUCCGCAGAUGAGAUACAAAUGGGAUGACGAAUCAGACAGGCAUCACAUCAAAUCGGAAAUUCGGAGGCCUUCCCCAGCUUCCCCCAUGUCAACCUUCCCAACAACGCCGUUUGCACCCUCACCAACCUCGUACCGCGGCGAAAAAUUCGUCGGAAGUCCGAAAUCAUCGAACCUGGUUGGACCGGACUACACCACCAAGCCACCGGGGCCGACUCAUGACCGCCGCAGCCGCGUGAUGACGACCAACACCGGCGAGCUCAACAAAUUCCAGAAGGUUAUCAAAAAUCCGGGCACAUUCAUGGAAUCACGACAACCAUCGAUCCAGAAGGUGGGUCGCAUUAUGCGCAAAUCAUCCGUUCCGGCCCGUGUGACAGCCCUCCAUCUGGCCAAGUCACAUUCACGCUACCAAAAUCUUCGCGCCACAAACCACGUCCAGUGGCAGUGGCAUCCAGUAGACUCCAUCAACCAAGAAGCGCUCAACUCCCACGUUUUUCAUCUUUCCCACGACGGAGUGCUAACAAUCAACGACACCGGAUUGUACUUUAUCUACGCCCAAGUCACCUACUCCGACCAGCAUCCGGUUAACGGAUUUAGCAUCUUGGUGAACAACAAACGACACGCAUCCUGCUCCGUCCACGGCCAGCAUGGAAAGAAAACAAACACAUGCUACACGGCGACGCUGGCGGAUUUGGAAAACGGGUCGCAUAUCGAAAUACGAGACAUGGACCAGGACCAUGUGCAUUUGCCGUUCCAGGAGAAGACCUUUUUCGGACUGUACAAACUGGGCAGACGGCCUGUGCUGGCUCACAGUAACACUUAAAAGAAAAUUCCGACGAGGAAAUUUUUGUUUAGGUCCUUAUUGAUAUCCCGCCCUCCCUGUGUACAUAUAGAAAGAUUGGAGCGUUAAACUCUUAAACUUGUAGAUGUAAGGCCCGCACAUUUUGUACCGUGAUUAAUCCAAUUUGAGAACCCCUUCCAACAUCCUGUACCUUCCUGUUAUCAACAUGUAUGAAAAAUGUAUUUUUGAAUGUGUUAUAAUUACCCUUCAAUGUUGUCGUGAUAUAUUUAAAAACUUAGUAAGAUUUUGUGAAACUAUUAAACUGAAUUACAUAUGAGAAGUGUAAGCCAA